AAGAGAGUAUGCAUCAAGAAAGCGCCCAAUUCCGGUAAAUUUCACAUGACAUUGUCAGGUUCUUGCAGGCCCCUUUUGCAGAGCAAGCAAAGUGACGUCAGGACAGCGAGAAGGGUUGGGGUCUGGUUAGACCACAAAGCAAAUGUUCCCUCGGCUAAAGCUCUCAUGAAUUUAAUCCUGAAACUCAUCAGCGAGCUAUUUCAUGUGGCAACUCGCCGAGACGCCUGUUAGGUUUCACGUCCCUGAAGUUAAUCACACCGUUUCUAUGUGGUUAUGCACAGAACUCGGUAAAUCUAAGCUCAAAUGCCUGGAUGUUUGAGACGUCCAGGUACCUUUACACUGGACACACCUUUGAGGCAAAGUGCACAUAUCUUGGCGCCAUUUUUCUCUCUAUACUUUUAGCGGUCACCGAAUCAGUUUGGUUUUCGCCCUGCACAUGCAAAGCGGGCAGCUGUUCUGAGCACCAGCUCACCUGUCUCAAAGUUUCUGAUUCUUGGAAAAGUCUUCCUGUGACAUGGGCACCUUUCCGAGAAGCCCUAUCCAAGGUGACCUUCAAAGGCAUCGUCUCCCCCUGUCACGUCUCUGCUGAUGUCAUCCUGUCUGAAGCACCAACAGAGCAUACCUGCAUUACCUGAAGAAGGCAUAUUAAUCAGUAGAUUAUGAAAUGAUGCGAGAAUGUCUUGUGUGUAACCUGGUUAGUGUCCCUGACUGAUAAUGGUGUUGGUUGUUUAUGGUCAUUUUGGUCUUAGUAACAUCUCUCUGCAUUGAGUGGUUACCAGAUAGUUGUGUUAGAUGUUGAUUCGCUGCUUUCAUUAGCCAAUAGUUGCUCUUCAGUGCUUGUCAGGGUUUGGUGAGUGUGUCAGAGGCGUGACAGGGGCGUGUGGGUGGCCGGCGUGAGUUUCACUUCAGAGCCGUGUUAUAAAGUUGAAGUGACAGGACGCGAUGCCUUCCCCUGAAGAUCACAGAGCCAGCUCUCCACGCAUGGCAGGCAUGGAAUACGACCGCCGGCACAUGCACCCUCCGGUCUUUCUGGUGGACCGAGGCGGCCUGGCGUCGGCGCCGGGCCUGCCCGGAGAUCCCGGCCUGGUGCCCUGCUGGACGUUCCCCCCAGCCCGAGCAAAGCGCAAGAGGGGCCACGGGCGUGGGUGCAUGGUCCUGAUGGGGCUGCUGACGCUGCUGCUGCUGUUUGGUGCGAUGGCGCUGGGCGCCUACCAGAUACUGAGGCUGCAGUCUGAGCUGGCACAGCUGAAACAGGACUUCAGUGCACAAAAUGAGGGCACAGUCUCUGAGAAGUUGACCGACCUUCGAGAGACCGAUUCCCACCACGACGGGCUGAGGCAGGCAGCUCACCUCACGUUUCAGCUUCCCAAGGAUAAGCAGGCAAAGACACUGGAAUGGGAGCCCCAGCACGGACGAGCCUUCACUCAGGGUGUGGUCUACCGGGACGGGGCCCUGCAGGUGAAAGAGGCGGCCCUCUACUUCGUCUACUCGCGGGUGGAGUACAUGGCCAGGCAGUGUCCCAACAAAGACGCCCUCAUCCACGUCGUCUUCAAGAGGGGCCAGAAGGACCCAAAGCCACUGGUGCUCUUGAAGGGCCAUUGCGAGGGUUACUGCCAGCAACAGCAGGAUGGCUACUGGUCCACCAGUAGCUACGUGGGCGCCGUGCUCCACCUGGACCAGCAGGACCAGAUCUUUGUCAACGUGUCCAAGCCAGGCCUGCUCAGCCACAACUUCGAUGCAAAUUUCUUCGGACUCUUCAAGAUCUAAGACUGCUGCACCAUGAAUUCUAUCACCUUCCAUCAGUUUGCCCUGACCAAAUGAAAGCUGUAAGCCAUCUUGGUAACACAGGUUAUAAAUCCUUUAGCUAAUAUGAACAAUUUAUUUUUUGGGGGUUAUCAUGGCUUGGUUUGCGGUUUACAAGGAAAUGAAAACUCACUGUGAGUUCACUGUGGUAUUUGGUGUAGAUAUUAGUAGCAGGGGUAUAAAUGUGUAAAGAUUUCAAACACUAACAUGGUGCUAGAUCAUUAUUACAAGUACCUAGAUAUUUAUAUGAGAUCUGAUUCUGGUGAAAUCGGGUUUAGAUUUGAAUGUAUGUUCUUAUGAACAAAAAAUUAAUUUAAUGCUCUUCCAACCAACAAAUGCUUUUCCAACCAAUAUAUUUUUUGCUAUAUGGAAUAAAAUGCAUACUUUGUAAUAUUUAUAAAUAGUGAGGACUGAAUAAUGUGAAUGAAUAACUCAUAUUUGUUCAUGAUUAAGCUGUACAAAUAAAUUGUUUACCACCAGGGCCUGGUUCUAGUUAAAA